AGAGCUCUCUAAGACUUGUGAACCUCAAGUACAACAUGAUACAAUUAAAGGACACCAACACAACAAUAGAACACCAAGCCAAGCAGAAAACAAUUAAAGGGAGAAAUUGAACACUUAACAGCAGAAAACAGUAAGUGACUUUCUUGUGGCAUUUCCAGUGUCCUUUAUUAAAAAUCACAGGCUUUUCUGCAGUUGCCAACAUCCAGAUGUGGCCUGAAGAUCACCAGGAGUUACAAUAGAUCUCCAGACUGCAGAGAUUUGUCCCCCUUGGGAAAAUUCUGCUUUGGAAGGUGGACUCCGUGGCAUUUUACUCCUCUGAUGUCUCUCCCCUCCCUAAGCCCCACCCUCCCCAGUCUUCCCAAAUCUCCAGGAAUUUCCCAACUCAGAAUUGGCAACUAUAGGCUCUGCCCCUCUUGGUCCACUCACCAACUCCAUAGCUCCCUGUGCCUGCCAUAUUUGAUUGUAAUUUGCAUACUGCAGGAGAGGUAAGACCCCUGCUAAAACACUUACAGCAAUACCAGAAGAAACAAAAGCAAGAGUGAUCAACUUUUGUUAGCAAGCUGUAUGCAAAAUUAUAUGUACAACAAACAGCAUUUGUAACACAACACAGGCUGUCAUUGGUAAGGGAGUUUCUUAAACUGCAGGACCAUCAUAACUUAGGAGCCAGUAGCUGAUUUUGAGGCAACUAGCUGUUUUUUCUGGUGAGUUAUGCCUGCCACAGACCAUUUUAGUUUUCAUUACAAAUGAGGGGGUUGCGGGGUUGCAGAAUACUCAGGCCAGAAUGUUCUGAUUCCCUUCAUUUUUGGCACUGCAAUUUCCAUAAUCAUCCUGAAGCUGGUUGCCAACUUUUUUAAAAACCCUAGCUUUAUUUCAUCACGAGUUUUGUCUGCCAAAGACAACCCAUAGCUUCCACAGCAAAAUAUGGGGGAGGGGGAGGGUCUGAAGAUUACACACAGGCCAGGAUAUUCCAGUUCCCUUUAUGUUUGGCACUGCAUCUUGUAUGACCAUCCUGAAGCCAGUGGCCAGUUUUGAGACUCUAGAUUAAUUUCUGAGGUGUUAUGUGUGCCAUGUACAGAGAAAUUGAGAUAGAGAUGGAUCCGUUUAUUAUUACAGAUGAGAACUGGCCGUGUCAUUUGUGGUAAAGCUAAAUAUAUCUAGGUUUUUCAGCAAUCCAGUAUAAAAAGCAGGCUGUUACCAUAAAGAUGGGAGCUGCUACAGCCCCAAGUUCCAUCCUCAUUAUUGCGGUUAAAAUAGUUUUUAUUUUGGAAAAGGUACUUUUUGGGAAAGGUAGUCUCUCUUUGGCUGGACCUACCUUUGUUCAAUUGUCUUGUGUGAUCAUGUGUGUCACUGAUCUCAAAACAAUCAGUGCAAAUGAAGACUUUAUCUUUGAUCCCACUCUCAAAUUGACCAAGACAAAGCUGGUACAUGGAGCUCCAUCAGAGCAAGAAUGCAUUUUGGACUUCUUAGGCCACCAUUCUUGUUUGCUUAUUUUUCAACUGAAUGUAAUACUUUUUUUUCCAGAAAAACUGAAGGAAGAAAAAGAAUUUUGGCAUGCCCAUUCCUACAGAGAAAAUGUGGUCUUUGACCCUGAGACAGCUCACUCAAGGCUGGAAGUGUCUGAAGAUGGAAAAUGUGUGAAGGACACAGGAAAUGUGUCAUGUGUUUCUAAGAAUGAGAAGAGGUUUAGCACUCUUAUAUUCAUCUUGGCAAAAGAUGGAUUUUCCAAAGGGAAACAUUACUGGGAAGUGGAGGUUGGCCCAAAAAAAAACUGGAUCUUGGGAGUUGUGUCUGAAUCCAUUAGCAGAACAGAAAGAAUCUCAUUUUCCCCUGACAAUGGCUGCUGGGUUAUAAAACUUGAAGAUGGCAAAUAUUACUGGGAUCAGGAAAACUAUUUGUUUCUGAAAGUGAAUGAAAAACCUACAAAAAUAGGUAUAUUUCUAAAUUUAUCAGACAAAAGUCUGGUUUUUUAUGAUGUCCACAGGAAAAUUAAAUUGUACACUUUUACAAUCUGUGACAAUUUUUCUGGGAAGUUGUAUCCAUUCUUCUCUACAGGCUUAGAAAUGGAUAGCCUACCUCUGAGAAUUUCUCCAUGGUUUGAAGAAGACUGUUGAGGAAGAAUGAAAAGCCCUCUACUGGUGGCAAAAUAUAUGGUAACACACGUAGGACCUUCCCUAUGUAUGUUGUCCUAUAUACGGCUACCUGUAGCAGGACUGAGCACAUGGCCCAUGACCCACUUAUGCUCUUUGUCCCAGGUACGGAAUUCUUCUCUUUGAACAUUCCUAAUCACAGGGUUGGAGCUGAUGCAUGUAAAGUUUGUACAUGCUUAGGCACUGUGCCCACUUUGGGAUGAAUGCUCAUAAGUGUGUUGAAGGCCCAACAUGCUUAAUUCUGGAUGUGGCUUCGGGUCAGCACAUGUGAUUACCACUCACCUUUCAUUCACAUAAUAUGUCAUAUGUACAGGGCUAUUAGGCUUGCCAGGCCCCUUUAACCUCCUGGCUGGGAGACAGAGACCUGGAUCUUCUUGCAUGCGUGCAAAGUAUACACUCACUCCUAGAAGGCAUGAUGAUGUCACUUCUGGAAGUGAUGUCAUCAUGCCUGUAGGGAGCAAUGCCUACUGCGUGCUGGCUCAGGAGGAUUUUUUGCCUCUUGGGCCUGUUUCCUAGGGCCUUUCCCCCUUGCUAGCAAGGUGAGUGGUGGCGGGGAGCAGAGGCUAGGAGUGGGGGAUCCUCCACUGGGGGACUUGGUAGCCCUAAGGGCUAUACAUGUAAAACAUUCCAAAUUUAGCUCAUAAUUAGUGUAUAUCUUUGGUUCCUGUUUUUAUCCCCACCUCCCCUCCUUCCCUUUUCUCUUCUCCUUGGAUCAAAUUUUAGAUUGUAAGCUCCUUGUGGCAGGAACCUGUUUUCUAAGCACUAUGCAGAUCAAUCCAAUGUUCAAUAAAUAAAUCAAUGCAUAGGUACUACAUACUGAGUUUUAAUUUAUGCAGGAUGGUUUGCUGCCCAUUUUGUGUCCAGCGAGAGACACCGAAUAGAAGGAACAAUAUAAAUAGAACCAUUCAUGCUUUUGACUCUCCUUCUUCAAACAAGCCUUC